AGCUCGGUUCUACCUGAGAUUUCGUUGCAGCAACUGGACGAGGACAGGACGCUGGGUUCCCUCGAGACCCAGGAGUGCGGAAACAUUGGAGGACAGCAAGACGUCGUUUGGAGUUCUCAACAUUGGACGAAGAUCUAUACCUUUUGGACAGUCCCUGGAUCUCAUAAAGACUUCAAAGACAUCGUAAGGGGAGAGCUCCUCACUGAGCUCGAGAAAGGGAUUCAACCCCAAGAACAGGAGGAUAUCUGGACUGUUAUGGUCAAUCUGCAUCGUCACUUCUUAAGUGUCAAUCCCGCUGCACCACUCCAUGACACGGAUCCAGAUGCUGCUGCUGUUCCUGAUCCAAUGGUAGGCAAUCCUCCUCCAAGUUUCUUCCCCCGUCGACCUGUCAGUCCUCUCUAUGCACAAAUCGGGGCAGUUCCUGAUGAGUCCCAUAUUGAGUCUGAAGAACUUGGACGUCCGGGAACUUCCAUCAAUGACUUUCUUGUUUGGCCCCCCAAACUAAAGGGCUCUCGCAACAUGAAGCGAAGGAACAACGGAAGAGAGUCCGAGAGGAAAAAAAAAGAGCUGAAAGAAAUUGAGGAAAAGAAACGGAAGGAUGAACGGGAGGCCAAGAAGAAACAACAGAAGAGUGUUGCUGGUGAACCAGAGGGAGCUACGGGGAAACAGAAGAAAAGGCUGUGGGGAGAUCAUGGUCAACAGGCUUUGGAAUCCUCAAGUGUAUGUCUCAUCAAUGCAUCAGCUGUUGGAACAGAGGUCCUCAAGAGCCUCAUCCUUCCUGGCAUUGGGUCCUAUACCAUCAUCGAUUCACAUAAAGUCACUCCACAGGAUACUGGGAACAAGUGA